GUUACCUCUGCUUUUCCCUCCUGCGUUACUCACAGCGUCUCGCCAUGGAGGAGCUACUGAUACCCGCAGAUGUCGAGGAGGCGCCGCCCGAGCCUGCAACCUUCUUCUCUCCGGCGGGACCUGCUAAAACCCCGCUGGAGAGAAUAAAGGACUGCAUGGCCAGCAUGUUCUCAGUCAGUGUCAGGAAGUAUGUAAAGGACUACAUCAGGCGAAACGGGUUGCUGACGCUCUCGGUACUAGCUGUAAUCACAGGAUGCGUCCUGGGCUUCAUGCUGAGGGGCCUGGCCCUCUCCACACAGGCAAAAAUCUAUUUCUCCUUUCCUGGUGAGCUGCUCAUGCGGAUACUUAAAAUGUUGAUUCUCCCCCUAAUCACCUCCAGUUUAAUGUCUGGACUGUCAUCAAUGGAGUCAAAGGCCUGCUGCAGGAUGGGGGUGCUAACGGUCACCUACUACCUUUGGACCACAUUCAUCGCUGUAGUUGUUGGCAUUGUACUUGUUCUAAUUAUCAAACCUGGCUAUGGGACAGAUGUGGAGAGCAACAGACUGGGAGGUGGACAGGUCAUAACAUCUGCAGAUGCCCUGCUGGAUCUGGUCAGGAAUAUGAUCCCCUCCAAUCUCAUUGAAGCCACAUUCCAGCAGUAUAAGACAGACCUUAUUCCCAUCUUAAAAACACCAGUGAACACUGGACGCCCAAAUUUUGUUUACUUGAUGCCAGAUGACGACAAUCGGAAGGGUCGAACGAUGCUGUUGGAACUUACGCCAGCUCCAGACAUCCAGUAUAAGACCCGUCCAGGCAGCAGUCAGCAGAUGAAUGUACUCGGCAUUGUUAUUUUCUCAGCCACAAUGGGUCUCUUACUUGGUAAAAUGGGCGAACGGGGAGCUCCUCUGGUGAACGUUUGCCAGUGCAUCAAUGAAUGUGUGAUGAAGAUCAUUAAUGCUGCUGUAUGGUAUUUUCCUUUUGGUAUCAUCUUCCUCGUGGCUGGCAAAAUCCUGGACAUGAGUGAUCCCUCCACACUUGGGAAGAAACUGGGCUGGUAUGGGGUGACGGUCCUCGCAGGCCUGUUUGUACACGGCCUCAUCUUGCUUCCAUUCUUCUAUUUUAUUUUGACACGUAAAAAUCCUUUCACAUACAUCAGAGGACUUCUGCAAGCCAUGGUCAUUGCCCUAGCCACGUCAUCAAGCUCAGCAACGCUGCCCAUUACAAUGAAAUGUUUGCUGGAGAACUGCCGAGUGGACAGGCAGAUUGCCCGGUUUGUGCUGCCAGUGGGAGCCACUAUUAACAUGGAUGGAACAGCGCUUUAUGAAGCAGUUGCUGCUAUUUUCAUUGCUCAGGUCAAUGAGUAUGAACUGGAUUUCGGACAGCUUGUCACCAUCAGUAUAACUGCGACCGCUGCCAGUAUAGGUGCUGCUGGAAUCCCUCAGGCAGGCCUUGUAACCAUGGUGAUAGUGUUGACAUCUGUUGGAUUGCCACCGGAUGACAUCACACUGAUUGUGGCCAUUGAUUGGAUCUUGUAA